UAUCUAAAAAACAUAAGCUGGCAAUCGUAUUGUCUUCCAGCAUGAAUGGCCCCAUUCGCCAGCACUGUCAGUUGGAAGCAAGACGAAUCAAAGGCGAUCGACUGGAUUCGAUACGAAUAAUUGCAAAAUGAAUUUCAACAAAGACAACAAAUCAAAGAAGUAUUUGCGGCAAUUGGCCGUCAGUAAAAAGGUGAGCGAUGCUCGCCAGGAAGGCUUGGAAAACUGCAUCUGCAAUCGCAAACGGGGCUUGAUUUUCUGCGCUUCCUGCCAGAAAUCGUUCAUGGGCCGCACUGCUGAACGCUGCGCGGCGCAUCCAGAAGUUGCCUAUUUGAUGGAUGCGCGCAAUUGCGCUUUUUGUGGAGCCGCUGGCAAAGAUUUGCGAAUGACGGAUCCUAUAUAAAAUCAAAGAUGAUGUCGUUGACGAUACAUUCAAUAUUAAUUGAAAAAAUGAUGCGUAAAAUCAGUGAAAACACAUAAAAAUAAAUACAUAAGUGUGUAUUAAUUACACACAUACACACACACACAACGAAGUACAUAAGUGUGUAUUAAUUACACACACACACACAAAAUAAAUACAAAAACAAAAAUCAACAAUGUUGCUCUUACAAAUAAUAAACUGAAAAAAAUAAA